AUGGAAGGUACAAAAAAUGAAAAAGUCUAUUCGGGACUCGGAACCGAAGAACCCCAGACGGAACCCUUGCAGGGGGGUGCGUUGGGUAAAGUUACCUGCCCUGAUGUAAGCCAGGGACAUCAGGAAAGUAAGGCUACUGGUGAUAUAGAAGAGUUGGAGGUGGAGAUGGAGGAUAGGGACGAAGUCCCUAAAGGUCAGAGACCAAAGAGAGGAAGAACAGAAGGAGAAAUAGAGACAACACCAGUGAAGGGUGGAGAGGUAUUUGAAUGGGCAGGAAGUCAGAGUGAAGAUAGAGGAUGGUCAGUGGAAAGAAUAAUAAGGACUAAAAAGGUGAGAAGACACUCUUUUGUGUCAUCUCCAGAAGAAUUAAAGGGAAUGGCGGAGGAGUCAUUUGUAGUGAAAGAAUAUUGUGAGGAGAUGGAUCAGUUGAUUAAUGAGAUAAGGAGUUAUACCGACAGAACCCUCAGUACAAAGGAUAGAAGGCAUGUGAACUAUAUAUUACCCAGGUUGGAAAGAAUCAUGGAAGCGAGAACCAAAUGGGAAGAAGAGGCAAGGAGGAUGAGGAGAUGUGAAUGGGUAGAAAGUAAAAUUGCUAAUAUAGAACAGGAAAUUACGAGUAUGAACCCAAGAGAAUGGAAGCAAGAUAUGAAAGAUAUGAUAAAUGAAAUAGUGGAAGAUCGAGUAAAAGAAAUAGUAAAAGGAGUAAAGAAAGAAUUGCAAGAUUUUGGGAAGAAGGUACGACAGGAUAAUGAAGUAAUGAUGAGGAGUUUGGAGGAGUGUGAUCAAAACAGAAAAGAGGAAGAAGAAAAAAUAAAGAAUUUGAUAAGAAUAGAGACAUGUCGGCCUGGGCGGAGGCAUGUGGCCGACGUCCGGCCCCCGUAUAAAUUGACGUCGGUGAAGCAAAAGUCCUACAUGGUGAAAAGUCCGACGUCAGCGGGCCGCAAUAACGGGUAUAUGACCAUCAUACCAAGAAGAAGCGGCCCGCGGCCGAAGCAGCGGCGUAGGAGGUUAGCAUCCUGGGUUGACAGGCGACUCAGGUUGCUGACACUGCAAAUGAUAAAAAAAAAAAAAAAAAAAAAAGGGCUCACAGGAACCAACUCCACCAAGUGGAGGGGGAGACCCUGUGAUACCCAAGUGCCUACCAUUACGUCCCCGUCGGGAGAGCCGGGAAACGCACAUAGUGCGGCUAACAAUGGAGGCUAUAUCUGGGCACCCAAGAUCAGUAGAGGGUGCCCAAAUGAAGACUAUGGACUGUUAAUGAUCAUGACCUGGCGUGGAUUGGAUACACGAAUGUACUGUGUACUGCAGCAAUAUGCACAGAACGACUGGUAUUGA